UGCGUGGGCCGCCGGGAUGUGUAGUCCGCAGGAGUCCGGCAUGACCGCCUUGAGCGCGAGGAUGCUGACCCGGAGCCGAAGCCUGAGACCCGGGGCUAGGCCGCGGGGGUGUGGGGAGGAGCCCGCGCCUCUCCGGAGGGGAGAGGCUGCAGCAGAAGCGAGGAAAAGCCACAGUCCUGUGAAGCGUGCGCGGAAAGCACAGAGACUGCAUGUGUCCUAUGAGGGCUCGGACAGUGAGAAAGGUGAGGGGGCUGAGCCCCUCAAGGUGCCAGUCUGGGAGCCCCAGGACUGGCAGCAGCAGCUGGUCAACAUCCGUGCCAUGCGGAACAAAAAGGACGCACCUGUGGACCAUCUAGGGGUUGAGCACUGCUAUGACUCCAGUGCCCCCCCAAAGCAGGUACGCAGGUACCAGGUGCUGCUGUCACUGAUGCUCUCCAGCCAAACCAAAGACCAGGUGACGGCGGGCGCCAUGCAGCGACUGCGGGCGCGGGGCCUGACGGUGGACAGCAUCCUGCAGACAGAUGACGCCACGCUGGGCAAGCUCAUCUACCCCGUCGGUUUUUGGAGGAUCAAGGUGAAAUACAUCAAGCAGACCAGCGCCAUCCUGCAGCAGCGCUAUGGUGGGGACAUCCCAGCCUCCGUGGCCGAGCUGGUGGCGCUGCCGGGCGUUGGGCCCAAGAUGGCACACCUGGCUAUGGCUGUGGCCUGGGGCAGUGUGUCCGGCAUUGCAGUGGACACGCACGUGCACAGAAUCGCCAACCGGCUGAGGUGGACCAAGAAGGCAACCAAGUCCCCAGAGGAGACCCGAGUGGCCCUGGAGGAGUGGCUGCCCAGGGAGCUGUGGCACGAGAUCAACGGACUCUUGGUGGGUUUUGGCCAGCAGACCUGUCUGCCUGUGCGCCCUCGCUGCCAGGCCUGCCUCAACCAAGCCCUCUGCCCGGCCGCCCAGGGGCUCUGAUGGCCGCAUGGCUCCGGCCGAGGUGCCACUGUGGCCACCGUCUGUGAAGUGCCUUUACACUUCAGGAAGCCACGCCUGUUGAAUAAAGCUUCGGUGUGUUUGCAGAUGG